AUGAUAACCAAUGUUGCAAAAAAGAUUAGAUUAUAGCUAGGAAGGACAUAUAAGUAGAACUCUUUAGCAUUGAUUCAAUAAAAUAAAUGUUUUUUUGGCAUAUUUGAUAUGUUUUCUAGAAAAAAAUUUUAGUAGAGCUAAGAAGACUCAUAAAGAUAAUACGAAGAAAAUCUAAAAAAAUCAGAAGAAGCUAGAAAAAAAAGAGAAGGAGAAACCAUUAUUAUUUAGGAUGAAAAGUUCGAUGAGGAGUAAAAAAAAAAGUUAGAGGAUGAAGUUUUUGAUCCUGAAAAAUUUACUACUAAAGAAAAUUAUAUUAGGAUGCUCUAAAAAGAUAGAGAAAAAGAAGAAAAUGAAAGAGAGCUAUCCAAAGAAACUAUUUAAGAAUUUGAAAAAAGAAAAUAAAGAGAAUACGAAGUUGAAGUAUCUUAAGUAGAUUUCGCUAAAAUAGCUGCAUAAAAUAUUAACAUUAGGCCUGUAGAUACCUUUUAACAUCCUGAAGAAUUAUUUUACUUUGUUAGUAAUCUUUCAGUUUCACUUACAGAAGAAAAUUUAAAAGCAUGCUUAGAAGGUUUUUUAAGUUUAGCUGAAAGAAUAAAUGAAGCUGAUAUUGAAAGUAGUACUUUCUAAAAAUUUUUAAAGAUUUUGUUAUCAAAUAUGAAAACAAUUGGAGAUGUUUAGAAUUUACUCCUUGUUGCAAAGUUUGGAGAUUUAUAUUGUAUUACAGAUCCUAAGUUUUGGGAAAUCUUAGAAAUGAAGGUUACAAAGAAGUUAGAAUUAAUAAGUGUUAAUGAUUUGGUUGAAAUUUUAGAGCAUUUUUCUCACUAAAAAGAGGGAACAGAAUAUUUUUUUGAUAAAAUAGAAAUGGUGUUUUAAAAUCGCCUAAACGAGAUAUCCAUAAACUAGCUGGCUCGUAUUUCUUAAUCAUACUUUAGUGUUGAAAGAGGAACAAAAGAGUUUUUUAAUUAAGUCCAAGAAGAAAUUGAAAAAAAAGUUCACCUUGGCAGUGCAUAAGAUCUAUUAAAAAUAUCAAAGGUAUAUAAAAAUUCUAAACGUAAAGAUAAUCUAUUCAUGCUACUAGAGUAGAGUUUAAUGAAGUAUCUAGAUGAAUUUGAUUUUUAUACUACAUGCUAGGCAGCAAGUGGGUUUGGAUUUAUGUUAGGAUCUAUGGAAUUGUAUAGAAAAUUAGAAAUUAAAGUACAAAUAUAUUUAGCUUAAAAUCUCGAAAAUCUUACAUUUGAAGAAUUCAAGCUUAUUUUAGAUGGAUUUUUGCAUACUUAUAGAGGAAGUUAGAGUCUAUUUAAAUUAUUGAGAUAAAAAUUUAUUGUAUACCUUCCACAAAUGACAACUAUUGAAGCUGCUCAAAUUGUGAAGGCUAUUCAUUUAGUAGAGUUUGAUGAUAAGGAAAUAUAUAAAUUGUAUGAAGAAAGAAUAAUAUAUUAAUUAUAAGGUGUUGAUGAAAUCACUUUGGAAGAGAUUGCUGAAAUAAGCAAAUCUUAUACAUUAACAAGAAAUGGAUCCAGAAAGCUUUACAAGUUGCUUGAAAUUGUUAUUACUCACAGAUGGUAGGAAAUAGCUAAGGACCAUAAAGUAAUGAAAGAGUUGUAUGUUUACUUUUCUAAGAGUGGGCUUUGCUCUGAAAGACUUAUGACUCUAAUGGAAAAGUUCAACAUAAUAAAUAAUUGA